AUGCGGUUUGUCCUCGUUAUACGGUUCACCGAUACUUCGUCCUCGACACAGCCUGUGCGGGAUCUAGACAUUCCUCUUGCCAUCAACUUCGAUAAAGACGACGUCAACAAGCUUGUGAGUGUGAAAUGGAUCAAAAGCGUGAUAAGGGCACGCGUACCACAGGCUGCCAGCUCCCGUUUGCGUUUAAUCUACUCGGGACGCGUUUUGAACGAAAACACAAACUUCAGAGCAGAAGUGAAACAGCCAGAGAAGUCGAAAGAAAAUCGUAUUUACAUCCAUUGUGUGAUUGGUGAAGAAUUGACUAGAGAACAACUUGCAGAGGAAAACAAGCUUGACAAGCCCCAAGCUGUAAGUACGACUCCACAGGUUGUCGGAUUUGACCGUUUGCUCCAGCAGGGCUUUUCCCAGGAAGAUGUAGAUGACUUGAGACGUCAAUUCUAUCUGAUCUACAGCCCCGGACUGCUCGGAAAUUCUACCAGGGACCAGAUUAGCGAUGUAGAAGAAGAGGAAAACAACCAGCGCGCCAUUCAUCAACUCGAAGAAAGAUGGAUAGAGUCUACUGUCAACGGAGGAAACGCUGAAAAUGCUACAGGCGACAAUCAACCGUUCAAUGCUCCACACACAGCUACUGCCGCACAAGAUGCUCCUCCUCAACCGCUGGCAGAUCUUGAUGAUAUACACGGCAAUGAAGAACUACUUUUGGGUCUUUUGCUAGGAAUCUUCCUUGGAGUCAUCAGCAUCGUCUUCUUGAUGGCAGACGACUCUGUCUUCAACAAGAGAACAAAACACUCGGUUAUCUUGGGGUUUAUAAUAAAUAUCGGUUUAGCAGUGAGCAGAGGAAGAUGGUUAUAG